CAAUUCCAUAUUUUGUUGGCAUUUUUAUUUAUAAACUAUGUUGAUUUGGCCUUAAUCAUUUAUAACAUAAAAUUAAAAGGAAUUCAUCAUACGGAAGGAAUUAAAAAUCCCGUUUGGAAUCUUGGAGAACUGAAAAUGAAAAAGAUGAAUAAAACUCAUUAUGCUUUAAAUGGACAUUACAGCGUACUUCGAGAUGAUGUUCCGAAGGAAGAUUUAAAGAUGAAUUUCUAUGUGGAUCAUAAAAAAGGCAGUGGAUAUGAAUCAGUCUCACUUAUUAAUUUACGCAAAGCAGAUUACUGUGAGAAGUGGGACCAUGAGCAAAUGGUAUUCCCAGCGAUAAAAAAGAGUAUUAAUGAAACGAAUUAUCCAUGUCCUCCAAAGAAGGGUCAUUAUGCAUUGAUUAAUUAUAUUCCGGAUACAAGUAAAAUUCCUCCGGGUAUGCCAGAAGGACUUUAUAGAUUAACUUUUGAAUUUUUUGAUAAAGAAGAAAUCGUUGGAGGAUAUAAAAUAUAUGCAGAUGUCACAGAAGAAGCCAAAGUAGAUUAAUGAUUUUAAAGAUCAGUUUUGUUAAAAAUCAACCU